AUGUCGCAGUCGCAAGCACCUCAAGCACCAUCAUCGAUGUCGGGCGGCGGAGAGCAGCCAUUCAAGGAAACGAUCUUGCAGAUACUCAACAAUCAGCAGGCGCUGAUGACACAGUUAUCGCAGCAGGUGUCGGCAAUCCAAGGGAACGUCCAGAAUGCAAAUCACAAUGAACUGAUUUUGGACUCCCUAGCGACGAAUAUCACUGAAUUCGCCUAUGACCAUGAGAAAGGUUGUUCAUUCGAUGCCUGGUUUUCGCGUUAUGCUGACCUUUUUGAGAAGGACGCCGCUCAGCUUGCGGACGAUGCGAAGGUGCGGUUGUUAUUGAGAAAAUUGAAUCCUUCAGCGCACGAACGGUACACGUCAUUCAUCCUCCCCAAACUGUCGAAGGAGUUUACGUUCGAGGAAACCGUCACCAAAUUGAAGAUUAUCUUCGGCACACCUGUCUCUACGUUCCAUCGACGUUAUCAGUGCCUUCAGACGAUGAAGGACGAAGAUGAGGAUUUUAUCAGCUACUCGUGUAAAGUAAACAUGGCUUGUGUUGACUUCAAGCUCCAAGAACUGAAGGAAGAUCAGUUCAAAUGCCUUAUCUUCGUAUGUGGACUGAAAUCAUCCAAGGAUUCGGACAUUCGAAUGCGCCUUCUAUCCAGAAUGAACGAGACCAGCGAUAUGACCCUCGAGAAGAUCGUCGAAGAGUGUAAGAGUCUCAUCAAUUUGAAGCGGAACACGGUGCUCAUUGGUAGAAAACCACCCUUGUCAACUGUGGUCGCCUCUAAUGCCGUUCGGACGCAGCCGAACCGAAAGAAGAAACCGAACCGAGCGAAGGAUCCAGCACCGAAAACGCCAUGUUGGUCAUGUGGCGGCAUGCACUUUUCAAGCCAGUGCAACUUCAAGGAUCACAAGUGCCGGGAUUGCGCCUCGGCCAAAGCCGGGAAAGGAAACCGGAGAUACGUCGAGACAACCAUCAACGGAGUUCCGGUCAACCUUCAGCUAGAUUCCGGCUCCGAUAUUACCAUCAUAUCCAGACAGAACUGGGUCAAGAUCGGAGCGCCCAAAACAUCGCCACCGGACUGUGAAGUGGAGACAGCAUCUGGUGACAAGCUGGGAAUCGACGCCAUGUUCCGUGCCAACAUUUCGAUCAGUGGCGACCAACGAGAAGUGCAGAUGCACUUGUCGCUCAAGAUGGACGCCAGGCCGGUGUUCAAGCCAAAGCGACCGGUUUCGUACAAUAUGGAGGCCGUUGUGGAAGAUGAACUGAAGCGACUCCAGGACAACGGUAUCAUCACGCCAAUUACAUACGCAAAUUGGGCUGCACCAAAUCGUGGUGGUACGUAA